AUGGAUAAUUAUAUUGUUUUAUCGUUUAUCGGCGAAGGAUCUUUUGGGCGUGUUUUUAAAGCCAAACAUAAGGAUACAGACGCUAUUGUUGCCCUGAAAGUUAUUAGAAAGAAAGGGCGAUCAUCAAAAGACUUGAAAAACUUGAGACAAGAAUGUGAUAUUCAAAGAGAGUUGAACCAUCCAAAUGUUAUUCGCAUGAUUGACAGUUUUGAUACAGAAUCUGAAUUAGUUGUUGUAACAGAGUAUGCUGAGAAAGAAUUACAUAGCAUAUUGGCUAAGGAGGGAUGUUUGAAUGAAGAAAAUGUUAAAAAAAUUACAUGGGAUUUAGUAUCUGCAUUAUACUAUUUGCAUUCUCAUAGAGUCUUACACAGGGAUCUGAAGCCACAAAAUGUACUUUUGGAUAACAUAGGUCGUGCAAAGUUAUGUGACUUUGGUCUUGCUAGAAUUAUGACUAAUGCCACACAUAUUCUGACGUCUAUAAAAGGAACUCCUUUAUACAUGGCACCAGAACUCAUUGAUGAGAAACCAUAUGACCAUCAGGCAGAUUUAUGGUCACUUGGCUGCAUAGUGUAUGAGCUUAUGGCUGGCCAGCCGCCAUUUUGUACAAUGUCCAUAUGGCAACUUGUCAGAAUGAUUCGACAUAAACCAGUCCAAUGGCCUAGUUUCAUAAGCCCUGAUGCUAGAUCAUUUUUACAGGGUUUGUUACACAAAGAUCCAGAUAAACGAAUGACUUGGCCUGAUAUAUUGGAACAUCCAUUUGUAGCUGGCCAUGUGCUCAUACUGCCUGAAGAUAAACAAAGUGAUUCACCUUUCACUAAACCAUUGUCAUCUAGUCAACAAGAAGCUAAGUUUCUGCAGACUGAAAAAAUGAGCAAGAAUCCUAAAAACCUGAAAACUGAGAGUGAAUUAAAGACAGAAACAAGAGAGCAUGAUUUGAGAAAUGUUAGAGGGGUCAUGCAAGCUAUGGAAUGUGUACCAAUCUCCGAUGACGAUAGCGUCAGAGCAACAAGUGCUUUCAGUGUUCGAGACAGUCUGAAAACUGAUGAUGAAGAUCAAUCACAGCCCAUAACAGCUGCAAACGCGAAAUUGUUACGACACGAGUUUAAUGUUAUGAAUUCUAAUCUUGUCGUAUGUAACCUUGAGAAAAAUAUGGCUCAACUGAUGUCUGUCAACCAAAAACACGAUUUCAAUAAAAUGCAUAAAAUUGACGAAGAGAAGUAUGAUACUCACAAAGAAAACCUUGAAAAGAAAGAUGAAGUUGAUGCUACCAAUGAUAAAAAAGAGAUUGAUGUUAAGCAAAAAUCAAAACUACCUGAAACUGCAUCUCAAAGUUUGGAAAACCCCAAAAGUUCAACAAAAUGUAGUAGCGAUAUCAGUUCUGGCCUAAGCAAAAGUGUGCCACCAUCUUAUAAGCAAAAAAUAUUACAAUUCUCCAGAGAUAAGUUGAGAUUUGGAAGUGGUGGAAACAGAUUAACCAGAAGCAUUAAAAGAUCAUUCCACUUUAGCAGAAGCUUUGAUAAAAAUAAAACAGAUAGCCAGAGGCGUACAAGUGAGCCCAAUAUAGAAAUACCUAGUAUUGUAGAAAAGAAAGUGGACUCAGAAAAACCCAAAUUUUGUAAAGAAGAUAGAGAUGAGGAUAUUGAGAAAUGCGAAUUUAUUGAAGAAACGUCAGAUGAUAAAGAAAUAGCCAAUAAUGAUAGGAUAAUAAAAACAGAAGAGAAAAAUGAAGUUAAGGAGCCGUCUACUAUAGAAUUAGAAGAGUGGGAAGCUUUUCUAAACUCUAACAUCACAGAAGUAAUGGAAGGAGAUGUAGAAUCUCUCACACAACUUAAUAUGGUAAGUAUGGUUGUAGGCGUUGUGGGCGUGGCAGCUCGCAGUCCUAGAGGAGCUCGAGUAUGUGGAGCUGUAGCAGCUCUGCUCGCGCUGCCAGCCCUGUCUCAUUCGCUGCCCAGACACACGCUGCUCAACAUACAGGAUGUGUACCUGGAAGCGAAAGUUGUUUACAACUUCGUGGCGGCAAUAAACACUUUAAUGAAAGACAGCAAAGACACCGACGAAGGAGCCGAUGACAGAGUCCAAGGUGUAAGCCGUAUGGUAGAAGUGUGCGCCUGGCUGUGCGUGCGUUCUUGCCGCGCCGUGCGUCAAUUUGCGACCGCUGUGCUAGCUUAUAACGCACAUCCAGUGUUUACAAAUCUUCUAUCUUUAUAUUCAAGAACGCCUAGGAUCACACUAAAUGUAGUUGGAAUUCUGAUAACUAUAUUACAAGAUCUCCCUGAACACGCGGAUGUUGUCGAGAAAAUAUUAUUCGACGACGACCGUUUUAACUUCUUGAGGCUUCUAGAACAAUCCAGCGACGCUCUGAAGAUCAGAGUGUGUAUUCUUAUAAGUUUGCUGUGCAACUUCUCUUGUACCGCGUUUUCCGCAGCAAUGGAGUCCAAAUGGUCUAAAAACGAGAGUGACUGUUUAGAAGCUUUGCAUACUCAUUGCAACGUGGCCUUGAAUAGGGCAGCGCGGUUGGCCACUAAGGAACUUAAUAAUAUGCCCUUUUAUUUAAGCUGAUGCACCUGUGAAUUGUAUAUGAAUACUGUACAAAUAUGAAAUCUGCCACGAAAUCGUCUGUGAAUAGACUUUUAACAAGAGACGGCACAGAGUCAAAAUGAAAUACAUUAUGACAAUACUAUGUAUCCUCCUUAACCUGAGACACCGUUAUGAGCGAGAGAUAAAUAAGGUUGGAGUCAAGAUACUAUCAAUCAUGAAUACUCCAAGAGAUUGCCUAUCCUAUUUAUGAGUAUUUAAACAAAAUAAACACUUUUUGAAAGCUGCUAUUAUUAUUUAACCAUCUUGUACACAAAUUCAAAUCAUACUUUGAUCAGAGUCCAAGAGCCUUAGUGUAAGAUUUCAUGUAAAUUAGCGUCACAUACAUGCGUAAAUCUGACCUUUUA